UAUAUGAAUUGUGAAAAAGAGCUGUCAUUAUAUUUUUCUGUGACAAUGACAGAUCUGGAGCCAACACCACCAAGCUGCCGGCAUUACAGAUGGGGAAGAGUUUGAUAACAUAGACCUAUGAUUCCAUUGGUCAUCCAGUUGUGGAAGCUCAGCCCAGGAAGAAAAAAAGAUCUGAAGCGCCUCUCAAGACCCAAGAUGGCUGUCUGUGAACCCCUGGAGCUGCUCGGCCAUACCAACUGGUGAAGAAUUUAAGAUCAGCAGUCUCCAGUGCUGCCAUGCUCUGCCUGGGUGACAUGUUUGAGGGUCUACAGGAUAAGAAGCUAUACAUACUUACCAUCUCUGUCCUUCUGCAGAAGAGCGGAGAGUGGAACACCUUCUUCACGCUGCAGAAGAGGCCUUGACCUCCAUGACCCUCGAUAUCCACCCAGGCAAGGUGCUUGUGGCCCUCAUUGCUGGCAGAAUAAGUCACCUCAACCCAGCAGUGAGGCCAUGUGCCGCAAAACACCUCCACACCAUUGUCCCAAGGAGCGGAGCCGACUUCAUCCUGUGUGGUGGCAGAGGCAUAACAGAUCAGGCCAUACCAGCCAUCAACCGCUCUGCCCAAGAUGGCUGCCCUGAAGCCAGGAUGUACAGUAGGAAAAUUUUCCAUUAUCUGGCCCAACACCCUAAAAUGAUGCCGAUGGAGAGGAAGCACAUUACACUUCAGAACCUUCCCGCCAUUGAGAAACUAAUUCAUAAAAUUUCAUAAGAUGUGACUUGUGCUGCUGUUUUAUUACUUUUCUUCUUCAUCGCUGUGUGUAAUAGAGGGGCAAAGCUAAAAAAUGGCUGAAGGAAUAAAAGGAAGAAACUACUUAA